AUGGUGCAGGGCCUCUUUGCGAUGAUCUUUGGAGCUGCCGUCCUUAGUCUUUUGAGUGAAGCACAGGUCUUUCCGAGGCGCUGCGUAUGCCAGACCGGCUCGGGGAUCUAUGGCUUGUGCGAGGUGUGGCAGGAUUGCCGGACGGUCAUUAGCUUCAUGAUGGGCGCGAUGAUAUGCCACUGCACGAAAUGCUCCAAAGGAGAUGAGGACCACGAGCCAAGCGGGAGGAAAGGCCUCCAUCUGUCCAUGAUUUGGUGA